CGAGAAGCGACGGGGAGAGUAUUUUUGCUGAGCUGGGUUGUUGUUUACAUCCCAGACACUGUUUAUUCUGCGCCCCUCCCUGAAGCGCAAGUGAAUUUUUGGACGAACGUGCGCGAAAAGCGCGCGUCACGAAGAAAAAGCCAAGUAGAGACAAAGGGAGCCCGAGGUGGAAGCGAAGCGUCGGUGUGGACAACCGGACAGAAACCGGUGAUCGCGAUGAAGGUGACUGUCACGACUCUCAGCGACGACAUCUUCGUCCUGGACGUCAGCGAGGAAUUGGAGCUGGAGAACUUUAAAGCUUUCUGUGAGAUCGAGAGUGGUGUACCAGCCCAUGAGAUCGUGAUCGCCUUUAACGGCAGGCCGUUAAUGGACGAUAAAAAAUCACUCCGAGAUCAUGGGAUUCGGGACGGCGAUGUGGUUAUAUUACAGCACAUGCACCAAAGUGGAUCCGAUCUUAACAUGCAUCCAUUCAAUGGAGCUGUACCCGUGUUGGACUUCAGUUCCAUUAGGGUACCUGGUGUCUCGACGGGUCGACCUGCACCAGGUCCUAGCACUGGAACAACUGCUAGCGCGGCAGCUGCUCAAAGAAUGCAAAAUCCUAGAAACGAAGACAAUCCAGCAAUGAUCAGGGAUAUGUUCAUGGCCAACCCGGAUCAAUUGGCAUUGCUUAAGCAAAAUAAUCCAAGGUUAGCGGAUGCUUUACUCAUGGGAAAUCUUGACAGGUUUGCGACUGUAUUGAGGGAGCAAAUUAAGGCUCGAGAGGAGCGGCAAGCUCAAAGAUUGAGAAUGAUGAACGCGGAUCCCUUUGAUACCGAAGCUCAGAGACUGAUUGCUGAAGAAAUUCGACAGAAGAAUAUCGAGGCGAACAUGGAAGCUGCCAUGGAAUAUAAUCCAGAGACUUUUGGAACCGUUGUCAUGCUUUAUAUUAACUGUAAAGUUAAUGGAUUUCCUGUUAAAGCAUUCAUAGAUUCAGGCGCACAAACGACAAUUAUGUCUGCGGCAUGUGCCGAAAGGUGCCACAUAAUGCGACUGGUUGACUCAAGGUGGGCUGGAGUAGCAAAAGGCGUUGGUGUUCAGCGUAUCAUUGGUCGAAUACACAUGGUCCAAAUACAAAUUGGUAGCGAUCAUCUUACAACGUCCUUCAGCGUCUUGGAGGAUCAGCCUAUGGAUAUGCUAUUAGGACUGGACAUGCUUAAAAGACAUCAAUGUUGUAUAGACCUAAAGAAGAACGUCCUAAAAAUUGGUACUACAGGAACCGAGACGCCCUUUUUGGCAGAAGGUGACUUACCUGAAUGUGCCAGGUUGAGUGGCAAAAGCGAAGAGUCUCUGGACGAUCGAAAUCUCCAACGAGCUCUUGAAGAUAGUUCAAGAGAUGCAAAGAAGCAAAGGCAGCAGCAGGACGGCCAAGGCGUAAAUAGUCCACUGACCCCGACCGUUUCAUCUAGUAGUACAUCUACUGCCCUGGAAACUACCGUUCUCGCUCACGAUCCAUUUACGGAGGCUACGGUAAAAGAAAUCGAAGCUCUAGGCUUUACACGAGCUCAAGUAAUUUCUGAGCUUCGCAGAUUCAAUGGUGAUAAGGCGCAAGCUACGGCUGCACUUUUUGCAAAGUCCUUGAAAUUCUAAGUGAUUCAUAUCGCU